AUGUCCAAGAUAUAUACAGAAUGCAAGGUAUUCUGCCCAUGCUUUGAACAAGAGGCAGAAACGAGGUAUGAGAAUUCUAAUACGAAACUCCCCGUGAUGAUUACUCACAAUGAUGCUAACCAUGCAAUUGGUGAUCUAUUCUUCUGUCCUACAUGCCAGGGACAUAAAUGCAAAGCAUGCUGUCAGGUUAAUGUCGAAAGUAAAUACUGCUCCAAUUGCAUGACAGAUUACACUGACUCUAAUGAAGUGGUAUGUACAAAAAACUGUUUUAGUUGCCCAUUGUGUGAUGCAGGGUUAGCAAUAAGUGCAAUUGAUAGUCGUUGUGAUGAAAAAGACGGUAAAAUAUUCAGGUUCGAAUGUUUAUAUUGCGAGUACCAGUACAGCACGGCUACUAUUUUGAAACCUAGAUCCUUAGUGAAUAUAAUCAGAUCGGAGAAAAAGAGUGGGGAUGGUGGAUAUGCAUCGUUGUUUUCUAAGUUUCAUGAAAACUUUGUUGAUCAACAGUCACUCAUGAAGCUUGAAGGGAAACAAAGAGUGAAAAAAAACGUACCGCGGUUGUCAAGUGAAGUGUUACAGAAGUUGAAAGACUUAGAAUUAACAAAUUUAGCUGAUUCGGUGAAAGAUUCGUCUGAUGAAGCAGACGUAUUGAGAACGAAGAUCGAUCUGAAUGGUCUGAUAGCCAUAGAUGAGAGCCAAGAUUUGGACAAUGCCUCACAAAUUGCGUCCAAGAAUAGUUUAGAAAGUUUCGUUACAUUAGAACAGCAAUCGAAAUAUGGUAACUUCUACUCAACUAUAAAUAAUGGAUCGUUAAUGACUAUACAGAGUAAAAUUUUAAAUCCUAAGGCUUCGAAGCAAGUACCAAUUCCAAAGAAACUAUCCUCCAAAAAGUCUUAUAAGUGCUUGAAAUGUCGACAAGUUCUUUUAAUGCCACACAAAGAACCUUCCCUGAUCAAAUUAUUAACCAAAUGGAAUGCAACUGAUUUCUUGCCCAUGCUUAGAAUUUCCGGUUUAAUCAAUAAAGAAUACCCAAAAUCAUUACAAGUUGGAAAACUGUACGACCUACUCAUAAAUAUUAUUAAUCCAUUACCUGUUGACAUUGACAUGGUAAUAACCACAAUGCCACAGGUAUCUCUGGAAUUUCUAUCUGACUCGCUGUUGAAUCUUCAAGUAGCAUUACCAGUGUCACAUCUAAAGAUCGGAGGCCACAAGCAGAAAAAGGAUAUCGGUUCAAUUGUUAAAUCAAUACCUACACCAUUUUUAACAAAGGGUACUAAAAUCUCUCGAACUGAAUUAAUUCUGCGCUUGGGCAAACUAAAUUCUUCUCAUAAUUCAAGUGAUGACUCUUUAGAAGUAUCUGAUAUCACAGUAGAUAAGGGCGAUAAUUGGUGCCUGAUUCCAAUUAAUAUCAAUGUUGAAUCAUCAGAUCUACAACAGUCGCUGAUAGAUAUUAAAAUGCCAUUUUAUAUUACUACGAAGUCCCAAGUACCUCAAUCCAUACAAGACCUAAAUUUACCAAGUCUGCACCUUUCGUAUGGAUUCUGGACCAUUCUCAAUUUUGGUAGUUUCCUUAUUGAGAACUAA